AUGGAUUCCAUAGCUUUUUGGAAUUGUGGAGGGGCAAAGAAGAAGGAAGCAUCUCUAUAUAUGAAGGAGUUCAUAAAUGAUUACAAGGUAUUCUUUGUUGGUUUAGUAGAAACUAAAAUCAGCUCUUUUGAUAGAAUUGAUUUUGAGAGGAUCAAGGGUCCUAAUUGGGAUUUCUUUAUUCUACCUUCUGAGGAAUUAUCUGGCGGCAUUAUGAUUCUUUGGAGAAUUGAUAUAGCUUCCUUUUCAGUUUUAAAGACUUUAGAUUAUUGCAUGAUAGGAGAUCUUAAUGUCUUUAACAAGGGAAGUUGGAUGAUUGCUACUGUCUAUGGGAGCAAAGAGGUUCACAAGAGAAGAUUGUUAUGGGAUUGCAUUCAUGAGAAAUCACAGAGGAAUAUUCCAGCAGUUAUUGGUGGGGAUUUCAACUGCAUUUUGUCCCAAGAGGAAAAAAGAGGAGGGAGGAAGUUUACCUUUUCUCAAGGUUCCUUAGAAAUGUUCAAAUUCAUGAAUGAUAAUGAUUAUCAUGAUGUUGGAGUGGUGGUCCAAGAUAUACUUGGUUCAAUAAUAAAGUGGGAAGUGGAAGAAUUCUAA